ACUGUGGUCCGGUUCUUAACUUCUUUCGGUGUCCUUGUUUUCCUGAGAUACGUUCGGCAACGUUCGGCUCGUUGGGUAUUUUAAACUUUGAGUCUGUGUCGUCUGUUCUUCAAAGCGUAUAUAGACCGGCCUUCGAAUUUUUCGUCGUGCGCAACAGUUCCUGACAGCAGCGCGUAUAUCCAACGUUCUUCCUGCAACAUCCUUUGCAUGUCUCUGUUGCUUCUCAGGUCGAACCUGCCGCGGGUGUCCCGCUUGAAUAGAGAUGUCUUGAAGCCGUUAUUUUGGCUGCCUGUACGCGAGAAGCAGGUUCUCUCGGACCCCGAGAACAUUGGGCAGCGUCAGCAGCACAUUAAUUUCGACACGCUAGGAACCUGGGACAACCGAAUCGAUCUUCCACUGCUGUUGCAGCAGAGUAUCAAGGUUGGUAAGCCCGUACCAAAAAUAUCGGGUGAACAUGCCGGCUGUGCUACGAUUCUCGGUCGACGAACCUACAACGAAGACCGCUACAGGGUCAAGGAGCUUACACCGGACCUUCUGUACUUCGCUGUGUUCGAUGGACAUGGUGGUUCAGCGUGCGCUGACUUUUGUGCUGAACAGAUGGAGGCGCAUAUCAUGUACUGGGUUCGUAGAGGCCAGACAGACCUACAGGCACUACUCCAGUCGGCAUUCAUCGACACCAACAAUUCCUUUGCCAAAUAUGUCGCCUUUAAUUGGCCAGAUGGCGACGAGGCUUCAUCUGGAACAACUGCCACGGUGUGCCUUCUGAGAAGCAGCACAGAGUUGUAUGUAGCCCAUGUAGGUGACAGCCGUGCCCUGCUUUGCCGUAGUGGGGAGUCACGCCGCCUUACCACAGAUCACACUGCUGGCCUGAAGCUGGAGGAGGAGAGGAUAAAGAUGUCUGGCGGCAAGCUUAUCUCGGACAGCCAUGGACGGCAUCUUGUGAAUGGACGCCUGGCCAUGACCAGAAGCUUGGGUGACUUGGACCUCAAGCCGUUUGGUGUGAUUGCACUACCGGAUGUCAGAUCCAUUGAGGUUAAGCACGGCAAAGACGCUUUUGUGAUCCUCACCACUGAUGGUGUGAAUUGUGCCAUGUCGGACCAGGAGAUUGUGGAUGCCAUCAACAGCUGCAGUUCACCAGCUGAGGCAGCAGGCUUUGUCACUGACCAGGCCAUGCACUUUGCUUCCCAGGACAAUGCUACAGCGGUUGUCAUGCCCUUUGGUGCCUGGGGAAAGUACCGCAAUAGUGGUGGCGUGGCGAACAGUUUUGGUCGGCAACUGCAAUUUAGUCGGAGAUUUUAGCUAUUAGGGCUCAUUGUGAGAGAUGCCUGUCGUGUGCUGCUGGUCUGGCUAGAGGGUUUGGCUAGAUGUGCAGGUAUAUCUAUAUUGAAAGAAAGACUUUCUGCUUGCUUGUGAAGAAUAGCCCACCACUUUGUGUGAUGAGCACACCUUUGAAGUGGAUUAUAAUUGUCCGAAUCACUACAUUUCUUCACCUAACAAACGAGCAGACAAAUAGGGCUGACCUUGAAGUUGUAAACAUUUUGAACCUUAAUUAGAAUGAUCAAACCUCUUGCAUACGUUGAAUUGUAGGAAAAAUAAGUGGACCGUGUGACAGCAUCUUAUUGCAGAUGCGAGGAGUAACAGAUGCCUUUGUUUUAGUUUGUAUGUAUGUAGUGACAAAAUCGAUCUGCUGCUGUUUUUCUUGCAGAAAGAAAGUAAACUAGCUUGAUAAGCCUUAAUAAUUGCACAGUGGGUAGCUACUACAGUGGGUAGUACAUGCAUAUGGUUAGCAAUACUAUUGUUUGCUGUAUAGCUUCUAUUUCACAGUGCACAGUACAUUUGAUAUGUUUCAGAACUUUCUUGCUGUAUAAAGAAAUGGGCUAUUCGCUUUGUAUGGUAGUCUGUAUGAACAAUGACUUUUUUUCUUUCCCAAUGCCAGCUGGCCUUUUUGCCUGUAAUUUAUCUUGCCUGCUGUUGCCUACAAAGCACCCAAUCCUAAAGCAUGAGCUUCAAAGAAUCUCCUGUAUUGAGCAAGGUGUUCUGCUUAACUUUUUUGCAAUUUCUGAAUGUGUAUAUAGCAGUUUGUCAGUGGCCUCCUUGUCAUUUAAUGGUAGUGUAUGGACAUUCUGUAAAGUUUGGCUAGCAAAAACUGGAGUGAUCUUUACUUACUGUCAGCAUCUCUACGUUCGAUGCAGUGCUUUAAAGGGACACUAAAGGCAUAUUUUAAGUCAAGCUAAAGGGAUAAUACUUGAAAAAGUAUAAAAUCCAGAACAGGAGCUUUAGUAAGUGAGAUAUUGAGGUAAAUGCAGGAGAGGAUUUGACUCUACCGAGACAUUCAAGUACUACUAGCCUGAUAAUGUCUUAACUCCUCAUUAUAAUUGUGUCACUAGUACUCAACCAGUAAAUAAAAGAUCAUUGCAUUGCAUUAUAAAACGGAAGAACAUGCUAUUUGUCCGCAUCUAUUCGAUUCUUCGAAAAAAACUCAUUGACGUUACUCUUGAUAACGAUGCGGCGAGUGGUCAAGUUUAGUUUUCGCUCGACUCUGCACUGCCCGCGCUCUGAUGUUUUGGUUGGUAGUUUCUGUAUCGUGUAGUGGUGUACUUGUUUUGCUGGCUCGCAUAGCUCAUACUAAAGAGGCAACCACAAGCACGCGUUUAUCAAACAACACUGACAAGCGACGCAACAGAUGGACCCUGUUGCGCUAUCACCUCUUGCUGUAGGACGACAAUACGAAGCAAAGUAGCGACAAGCUUUCAUUGUUGUCUGAAUCAAAUCAAUCGUACACUUGUCAAAAAAUAUCAAAUGUGCUGCGACACCAACAUUUUAACCAUAGGGUACUAGAGCUAGCUUUAAUGUGCCAUCAUCGUCAAUAAAAAUGUAUUCCAUGCUGCCAACGGCAAUUGCUGUGGCACCAUCUGAUAGCUAGAAAUCUAAAAAACACUUUCGUGACUCCGUGAUUGUGUGCACGUGAUCUCGGAGAUGUGGUAUUUAGUGUGAGAUGAGAUGAAGCAAUGGCUCAUUUUGCCAUUUAUUUCCUGCUGUCACGGAGGAGAGCAACUAGCAAGAGCGAAUUAAUAUCGGGAGUGGACACAGUGGUUACUGUCGUGUUGUUACGCGAUCACAUGGAAACAGGCGAGCCGCUCCGCAGACUUCCAAACGACAAGCAAGACUUCUGCAAGCAGCAGAAAAUGCCACCUCCAUGUGAUGUCUUGGGAUGUUGUCGGCUGUGUCUUCGCACGGUCUGGCUGUGCUGUUGAGUUUUAAGGACAAAAAACGUAGCCUUCGCUGUCUGGCGUCGUUUUACUCACCGACGGCAGUAAAGGGUGGUGAUGGCAUAUGCAAGAUCACACCUCCUCGUUUGUGGCAGGCUAGUUGAAUUGCGCUAGAGGAAUGCAGACCCUUCAGACACAAUUUUCUCUUAAACUAAGUGUUUUCUUGGCACAAAACAUGGGCUGCGGGGUUUCUAGAAUUUAUUUGCCUUAAGUGUCCCUUUAAGCAGCAUGGAUGGGCAAAUUGCUGGAGGUGUCUCUAAAGCAGAAAUUCCCUCGCACGAGUUGUAUAUUGUUUCACACACGUUAGUCCUGUCAUUCUCAUGGAUUUAUUUGUUGUGUAAAUAUCUUGCCAAUGCUGUCAUUGACUUGGGGGGGCUAAUCAUAAAAGUUGUGCUUGGGUCAGCACUCCUUUUCUUUUGGCUUAUCUCUUCAUGAAUACAAAAUUCGUAGUACUUGUAUCAAGAGUACAAGUAGUAAAGUGCUUGCGUGAUGAACUGACAGUUUAAUCUGUAGCUGUAAUCAGAGAUACUAGCAUGACAGUGCAGUGUUUUAGCUACAGAAGUUAGUGUCAAUGUGUAAUGCCUCAAUGUAGGACCCACAGGCUGGAUCCUUUCCUGUUGCACAAAGUGACAUGGCGAAGCACACUUGAAGCAGCUCGCUUGCUCACAUAUAAUUGCCUAGUUGCUGAAAGUCCCUGUCACUUAGUCCCACACACUGUACCUGAGUGCCCAGAGCUAUUUGUCCUUCAACCCGUACUUUUGCAGACUUCAAGGACUAGUCAAGAAUUCAGGGUGCCAACUGUCCUGUAGUUGCACUAUAGCUGAAGCACUUGCAAAAAGUAAGUGCUUUGGCUUAGUGAUGCUGCUGAAAGCAGCACUUUAUAUUGCCUUUAGCAGAGUAAAGCAUCAUGUGCAAUUGAUACACUGUGUCAGCGGUGCACUUAACCACAGCUGCUGUAAGUGUCUACACUUCAUGCCGCAGAUCUUCUCUGCCACUGGAAGAUGCAUUUGCAUGCCUUGAACAACUUCUUUUUCUGUUUGUGAUAGCAUUGUGAUAUUUGCCUGCUCGCACAGUUUAGAAAAAUAUUUUCAGACUAGGUAGGUUAGCUGGUUUGUUACUUUUUGGAAAUGGAGGUUACAUUACUUUUGGCCAGAAGAAAGACCGAACAUGCCAGAGAACAUAAAGUGCUGCAAUACAGGCAACGCUGCUUUCUAAUGAGUCUGCAUGAGUCUGCAUGAACUGCCUGUAAUAUUAUUGGAAGCACUUGGCCAAGGCUGUUUAAUUGUUGGCAGGGAGAAACUAGAUUGCAUUGCAAAAUAAAAAGUAUAAUGUGCCCAAUUUGUAGCUCUGUUGUUUUUUUGCACGAUAACAUCUCGAAGCUAAUCAUGGUGUAAAAAUUUGUCUAAAGCUUUGUUCUCAAUCAGCUUGGUCCUUUAUAGUGUGCAACCUUUAUAGUUUACAGUGUGUUAGGCGGUCCUGCGAGGAAUAGAGCUGCUCCACAUGGUGGUGUGUUUGGCUUAUAUAGCUGAAACGUACGCAACGUGCUUGGUGAGGACUUUGUAAGCAGUGGCAGAAAUGAGGUCGAUUCCAAAUAUAUACUGUUGUCUAUAACUGUGCAGCACUAAGUGGUUCCUAAUGCCAGUGAUGAACUGCAGCUUCUGAUAUGCUGAGAGCCAUCAUUUCGGAGUAUCGCAGCAGUAAUAUCAUAAAUAGGGCUGCCACUACUGUGCAUACAACAGGGAUUCAGUCAUUUUAUAUUUCAUAUAGGGAGGGAGGUGGCGUCCUGUUCAUUUGAGCUUGUUAUAGGUGCAUUUAGGCCUCCCUUUUCCCCUCAAUUGCAAGAUAUCUUGGUUUUUCUUGUUGCACCCCCCCCCCCCCCUUUUUUUUUUGUCCUUGUUUUCUUUUAAACUUCACAAUUUUACGCAUUAUUGCUCUUGUGAGUCCUCAUGCAGUCAUUCAUAUCUAUCCUCAUCAGAAAGGUGACAGGCAGCCUUGCACACUUUCGCACAAAAGUAUGAUGCUAAUCAAUUUUUGCUCGACUGGGUGAUUGCAUUAUGCUAUAACACAUCUGUGCGUGUUUCAUGUACAGAUGUGUUAGUAGUAGAAGUAGUUUUGAUUGAAUGUCACACACAGACUGAAUAUUUUAAAUGUUUGCAUUAGUUACGAGUAAUGCCAUGAAAGCUAAUGCAGGUACCUUUGUGUGGCCCCACUUGGCUAAAAUUAAGCAUAAUCCAAUGGGCACACAUGCUAAUGACUUUGUGUUACAGGUACGAUUGGCAAUCAGCAGAAACUAUAGCAAUAUUGUGACACCUGUGUAGUCGUUCAGUAGGAGUCAAGUUCCUGGCAUCUGUUAAUAUGUUCCUUUCUAUUAUAAGUGAGUGCUGCUUUCAAGUGCCAGUAACUCCAGGUAUGCUGCCAUGGUUCUGCAGAUGUGUAACGUUCAAAUACAAUGGAUGAAAGUUCAUUCAGGCAACUGUUGUCGCAGGCUGUUUAUUUGCUGUGGACUUUACCUAUGCACGUUUGAUGACACUCUCAAGUGAAAUAAAGCAUCUAUAUUGUUAUGAGCAA